AUGCACAAAACAGAAGUUGACAUUCCACCUAACGUUCGAAAACGGCUAAUUCAUCUGUUUGGACUUAUUGAAAAGGAAUUUGAAUCUGUGUGCCAGGAAAAUGUUGUUCUUCAGGAAAAAGUGGAGUCACUCACUGAGAAAGUGAAUGAAAAGUACUUGACGACUGAACAAUUUCAAGUAAAUUCUAAACAAAAACCACCAACUGGUCAAAAACUUAAAACCGCAGAUAAAUUAAAAGCACAAACUAGUAAAAUUGUAUCUAGCUUUAAAAGUCCUUCAGCAGCUAAUUGCCAGUUUGUGAAAGAAUAUGGUGGACACAGAGAUGGCUUGUGGGAUUUAGCAUUACCUCGUACUGGACAGCCUGUCAUUGGAACUUGUUCAGCAGAUCAUACCGCAAGAAUAUGGUGUAUUGAAACUGGUACACCACUUUUACAAUAUACUGGUCAUAUGGGAUCAAUUAAUUCUAUAAAGUUUCAUCCUAAUAAAGAUUUAGCUCUCACAUCGAGCGGUGAUCAAACCAUUCACAUUUGGCAGGCAGCCGUUAAUCUAGAUAAUUUAAGAGAUCGAGAAUCUGAUGAUACUGAAACUGAAGAUGACCGAGUUGUUCCAAUAUUACGUACGCCUUCAUGUACAUUUUUGGGACAUAAUGGGCCAGUUAUGGCUAGUGAUUGGUUAUUAGGUGGUGACCAAAUUAUUACUGCAUCAUGGGAUAGGACAGCUAAUUUGUACGACGUUGAAACUAGUGAACUAUUAAACUCAUUAACUGGACAUGAUGAAGAAUUAACUUAUGCUUCAUCACACCAUUCUCAAAAAUUGGUUGUCACUGCAUCCAGAGACACUACAUUUAGAUUAUGGGAUUUUCGUGAAGCUAUAAACUCAGUUUCAGUUUUUCAAGGUCAUACAGAUACAGUAACUUGUGCGAUUUUCACAUCUGCUGGACUCGGAGGGGAAGAUAAAUUAGUAUCUGGGUCAGAUGAUCGAUCGAUAAAAGUAUGGGAAUUAAGAAAUAUGCGGUCUCCAAUUACUACUAUCAGAGCUGAAUCUGGUGUUAAUCGAUUUGCUAUUGCUUCUAAUGGUGUUAUUGCUAUUCCUCAUGACAAUCGACAAGUUAUGUUAUAUGACAUGACUGGACAACGAGUUAACAGAAUACCCAGAACAGCUAGAAAUAGACAUAGACGUAUGGUAACAGCUGUUGCAUGGAGCGAGGACAAUCCAUUUGCUAAUUUGUUUUCUUGUGGAUUUGAUCGGUUAGCUCUAGGAUGGUCUGUUCAAUUAUGUAAGGACUAAUCCCUUAUCAUAAACCAAGUUCAAGUAUGUUAAGUAUUUAAGUAUUAGCUUGUCAUAUUAUAUAAACAAAAUUAUUCUUUUUCUGUUUCCUAUUUUGUUUGUUUGUAUAUGUGUGGAAAUCCUAAUUUCUUUCUAUAUAAACUCAGAAUCUAUUAAGUUAAAUUUUUAAAUGUAUAUUAUAUAACCAUUGUUACUUUUUUUGCGUCCUUUUAUUUAUUUUUUG